GACAACCCUUAUUUCAUCACAGCUUUCGUUCCGGCGCGUGGCCUUGUACCGACAUCCACAGGAAAUCUGUCCGCAAUGAUAUGUUCAGAGAAGGUUCACGUUGGUCGGUCGUCAUGCCUGCUGUGUAGACAAGUUUCGAGUGCCGGAUCAUAUAUCCUUGACUUAAGGAACAACCUGCUCACAGUCCCUGAGUGCAAAAGUCCGUGCGCAGGCUGCUCUUAUUCACCCUACCCGCGGAUCUGGUUCCAUGCAACCUGCUACGACGUCCUGCUGGAUAGCUUCGAGCCUUCUGAGAAGCCUACUUCGGAUGAGUUGGAAAGGUUUGCAAACGCAACCAGUCCAUUCUAUAAACCUCAGCGUGAAGAAUCCAAAGAAAGCCUCACAGCAUUAGAAGGGCUGUUUAGUAAAUACGCAAGAGGCAUUAUCCAAGAAAGUUUUAGUCAAGAUUUGCUUAAGAAAUUACCAGUGGAAGUGCAAAUCAUCAUUUCCGAGUUCAUUGGUCCAUGCUGGUACUUAACCGUGCUUGGAGAGACCAAUCGACUGAUCCGCCUCUUGCGAACCUCUUCUGAAUCCCAGUGUACGCAACUGAGCUUGACACGGGAAAUCUGGAUGUCUCGAAUACGCUACCGGGGUAUUUCUUACCUAGCAAGACUUAGCAACAAGCCGCUCGGGUCAAAUGGGGUGUCCGGUCAGUAUUGCAUAAAACCGACUAGUAAUAUCAAACGGAUUGUUAUGGCAGUCGAUUGCAUUGGCUUGCGCGGGAUACAAUUCAUGGACCAUGAUUCGGUUCCCUCGCCAGACGGAUCCCCGUGGUACGAGAUUCUCGAAGCUGGACGCUCCUGUCUGGAGGCUAAUGUGGAAUUCAACGGUCUCUUCGUGAGAGGCGUGCGACUCGUUUCUGACGAUUCGUCUCCUAUAUUCAGAAUCUGGAGUUCCCCUUCGCCACCUAAAUUUCAUCCGUGGAAUUUCUUUCACGUCCGAGAUAAUCUGCGGUUAACCUAUGUGAAAUUCAGUGCUCUAGUUCAAGGCCUUCUCGUAUGUUGUGCCGAUGGCAAAACUGUGGGAAUCCACGGUUUUUCGGGUACGUCGAAAGCCUUCAGGGAUUUCGUCGAUCUGAUGCAUCAACGCACAAGUAAGAGCCAUAGACAAUGGAUCUACUUCCCGUUCAAUGAAAAUGAAUACAUCAGAGCAGCUUGGGUCCGGAAGUUCAAAUUUAUCAGUGGACUGGCUUCCAAUCCUAUCCUACUUCUCCAAACCUCCACAGGAAGGACCGUUACAUUCGGACCGCAAUAUCCAGGACAAAUCGCCGACCAAUACGAGUAUCAUCCAUUGGUGACCAAUGGCGACAGUGCUAUUUCCGGAAUUUUCCAUGAUGGGCUGGAUCCAACCUCUACAUCCAUCUCAGCGCUCGGGGUUACCUGCAGUGGCCAAGACUGUGCCGAGGCAGGACCGAUGCCUACGGGUGCUCAUUUCGAACCUCCACCAGUCCCUUCCGGUCGAGGCUCAAGAAGCAGUGCCUGGUACAUGACGAAGGCCUCACUGAGCAACCUUGUCAAGGUAAAAGUCUGUAGAGACAAAACCAAACCGCACAAUCCAUGCCUGGGUAUGUUGUUAUUCUAUGGCGACCGACAUAUUGAAUCCAUUGGGCAGAUCUGCUGGCAGCAUGGUCUGACUGAAGAGAUCUUAAAACCGAUGUACGUCGAGAUUGGCUACAUUGAUGAACGAGGCUACAUUAGAAACAUUCGGAGUGGCUUGGAUGACCCUGAGCUCGUCCUCCAGACUGGCGAAUGGCAGAGGCUGCCUAAUCAUGGCACCAUUGUCUGGUGGUUUGGCCGGUUUGGAGAUAGAAUCAUCACAUAUGAUGACUAGGAUAUAUACAGCGCAUGAGAAAUACAAAAGGCAGACGUUCAUUCUUAGGUUC